UCGGCAGGAGGAAGCACGUGACCGGAAGUGUUGUAACAACAGCAGCAGCCUCGCUGUGAAGUGAAGUCUGGAGAGAGUGUGAGUGAGUCAAGGGGCCACCGCUUGGUCUCCCCCCCGUCAGUGAACAUCGCAAAGGUACCACACACUACACCAGACCCGCCCCAGCGGUCGUUCUAUCGAUCGCUUCUACUGGAGUCCCCUUAAUUUUUUUUACUUUUCCCCCGGCUGACCCCCGAGGAGGCCUCUGUUCCCUACAGCAGAGGCUUUUGCUUACCAGGGAAGGACAAAAGUCCUUCCUCAACACCUGAAAGACCUUUCCCCCCCCUUACACCUGGACUAUAACACACACACACACGUAUAUAUAUAUACGUAAUCCCUUCGUAGUCGAUCCCUGAAGGAUCUUCUGCCCCUUUUGCUAACAUCAGGAGACCAUCCUUAUCUGCACCACCAGAGGAAAACGAGUCCCAAGUCCUUAUCCCCCUACAGACACACAAAAACAAACCCCAAAUACAGACCUUAUUAUAUAUAUAUAUAUACAUAAUAUUCAAGAGACAAACAUCUCCGAAGGACAUUUUCAUCAUUCUUUGCGCAUCUUAGGAAAUCCUAAAGCCCUUCACUCCAACAUACGCACAUAGCAGACUGGAGACCUGCUUACACACAUAUUAGUGUCACAUUAGGGACCCAGCUGAUUGUAAAGGGUCUAUAUUAUAUUUAACCAGUUAAUUGCAAUAACUGAAGGCCUGUAUCUACGACAUAUACACCCACUAGACCAAAUCUUAUAGUUUAUACAUCCACACACACAUAUAAACCAUUGUAUUCAGGACUUUGGUGACCCUGAAGGAAUCCUUCCUUCUUGUGCCAUUAUAUAUACAACCACAACUUUCAAAAUCUUGAGACCUUAGCCACAACCCCACAUAUAUAUAUAUACACAUAUACACUCAAGACCGAACCUCAUAGCCCAGAUAUCUCUCCAGAUCGAAGGGCGACCCUGAAGGAUCAUUAUCCUUCCCUUCCUCACACCAGAGCCUUACUCUUUCUUUCCAAACCCCUAAAAUAUCUACCAAGUCCUAAGACCACAAGAUACAGUUUAGUUCUCUCACUUUCCAACCCUCUCCAGUCCUUAGGGACCACAAGAGCAACAACUUUCCCCCGCUUAAAAACACUUUCCCUGGUCUGUCUUCUACACAGAAAUUCUUUAUUUGGUUCGUUUCAAUGAUGGAGUUUUAAAAGAAAAUGGUGUUGUUACAAGAAUUAAGAGCUGCUAAAACCCUCGCUGAAGGAGUGCGUGUCCCUGGUUGCAGUGACUGGCCCCAGUUGCCAGGCUGCCUGCUCCAAGACUGUCCUGUUCCGGACAUUUUAGAAAUAGAUGCUGGAAGAGGGAAGAACUAUGGACAAGAAAAUAGUCAACCGAAAUUCUCCGGUUCCAGUAAAGACUAACCCCGGAGAAAGGAAAUCAGACCCUGUCCGAUUUCAACGCAAUAACAAGAAGAAAGAGAAUGGAUCACGUCCAUACCAAGAUGUUAACCCCUAUAAGAAACCUUUACCUCAAAGAACCCGGUCGGCCAGUGACAAGAGACCACGGAUUAGGGGUAAUUUCAAUGACAAGCCGAGGAAUGAGGUAGCAGAGCAAUUAGAGGCUGAAUAUGACUCUAUCCUGAACGAGAAUGACAUCAGUCACAUGAUCAACUUUGACUACGGUACCCGACGUACCCGGUCUGUCGUUCACCACCACCACCACCACCACCAUGUUCUCCGCAGACCAAGAUACAUGGCAUCGAUCUUCAACAAGCAGCAGUAUUUGCAAGCAAAUUGCCAGUUUGUUGUGAAAGACUCUGGAGACUACAGUAUUCAUGCCACAGACCCCGACAAACCACUCGAUUGGGACAGUAUUGAGCAAGUGCGUAUGUCGUCACCAGAACUGCCCCUCUGUCCAAUUUGCCUGAGUCGUCCUAUGGCCGGUAAAAUCACCAAAUGUGGCCACAUCUAUUGUUGGUCUUGUAUUCUCCAUUAUCUGGCGCUGUCAGAGAAGAAGUGGCACCGAUGUCCGAUUUGCAAUGAACCUGUUUAUCAAAAGGACUUGAAGAGUGUAAAAACAACUGAAGUGACCCGAUACAAGACCGGAGACAAGAUCUGUCUGACCCUGAUGAGAAGAGAGAAGGGCAGCACCAUGCCUGUUGCUAAGGCCAGCUGGCAAGGACCACCUUCCAAACCCUGCAAUGUCAAAGAAACCAAGAAGGCGUGCUUCAGCAAGGUGCUGUUGGCAUCCACAACUGAUGUCCAAGAACUGGUGACUGACAUUGAGGACAAAGAACUGAUGCUGCAGAUGUCUAAUGCUGAGGAAUCUGAGGUGUGCUUUAUAGAAUCUGCUAUUGAACAACAAAAGAUGCGCAUUGCAAACUUGUCCCAGCCUCCCACUGGCGACGAUGCACAGGAAGGUCUCCCGACCAGCUUUGGUUACCUGAAACUUGAUGACGCCCCUGCCAAGGAAACCUUACAGGCUUCUUCUAAGGCCAUAACGAAGUACCUGGAUGCCUUCGAUGAAGAGGUGUCCUCCGACUUGGGGCCGGCAGCUUGCUUGCCGGAUGACAGUUCACAGCCAGAGUCUCCGAACCCUCCUCACCUGCUGCCAGCUCCCGUUUCACCUCCGCACAACCUCUACGCAGGAUGCACAGCGAGCAACUUGACCCAGGUGGAACAUAUGCCGACCGAAGUAGCAGCCGAGUCCCUCGAGCUGCCUCACCACUCCGAAGACAAAGUGGAACAGAGGAGAGGCAUAUCAGCCAACACAUCCAAGGACACAUUCUAUUUUUAUCAAGCUGCUGAUGGCCAACACAUCUACUUGCAUGCUGUCAAUGCCAGAUGUCUUGCAUGGCAAUAUGGCAGCCUGGAGAACAGCCCCGAAACCAUCACCGCAUCAAUAGUUGAAGUGGAGAGUAUCGCAAUGACCCAGGAACUGCGGAACCGGCUGCGCUAUUUGAACCAUCUUCCUCUGAGUGUGGAGUUUAAGGUCGUCGAACUCUUGCUGAAUCCUCCCGUUGUGUCAAAGGAAACCUUGAAAGAGUUUAGUGAUAUCAUCAAGAAGAGGGUGAAGUGUCGUCAGAAGAAACAGAGGCAGGAGAGGCUGAGGUCGAAACUGAUUGAAGAGGAGAACCGCAAGUAUAGACCAUGCCCCGUGAGAAUUGUGAUGAGCUCUGCCGACGAGAUCCAGUACGAGCGACCCCAGCUGUCGUUUCCACAGCUGAUCGUCCCCAGCGACACCGUCACCCCUCCUCCGGUAAACGUUGACGUCACCCUCGACUGCACCGACCCCACACCUUCACAGAGUGAGCAUUUGGAUUCGGGCAAGGGCAAACAGAAGAAGAAGAAGAAACAAGAAGCCCCCUUGUCACCCCCUGCAGCUGAGGUGAACCAAGCAUCAUUUGCCCAGAAAUUGAAAAGUGGUAAAGUCCGCAAGAACAAAGUGACAGUCGGCCCCAGCCCAGCCGGUGCGUCAUCGUCAUCAUUGCAACCCGGCUUCCCCCUGCGCAGUUCGAAAUAUGGUUCUGACAGUGAGAUAAGUGACCCCGAUGUCGGUGUACCAAAUUACAAGAACUCGUUUGGCGCUUCCCUGGAUAAUCUUGGACAUAAUGAUGGUUCCAGACCAAAGGGUGGCAAGAAGAAGAAGAUGAAGAUGCUCUUCUCUACUACAAUGGCUCGUGUGGACUUUUAAGCUUCCUCUACUCACAAACACACACAUUUCUAUAUAAAGUUUCUGUUUCUUUGCCC